AUGAGACAUGCCGUUAAUUAAAUUGGUAAUCUACAAAUACAAUAUGUAGGUUGUUCUUCUCACAUCUCAAAUUGACUGGUUUCAAAACUUGGCAGCUCUUCCCACACUCUCGCUCCACUUCUCUCUCCCCUUUGUCAGUCUUUCAAGUUGUUGCAAAUUUCCAGUAAUUUCCGCUUCCUCUAUAAAUUCGAUGCUCGUUAGAAGAUUUUCUGCCACUUUAUCUCGUUUAGAGAUCAACCCAAUUUGCAAUUCCUGCAAAUUGCGCAAUUUCCACCCAAACCCUAGAAAAAUCACCCUAAUUUCUUCCCAAAUUCCUGCAAAAUUGACCCUUCGAACCCCAGAUUUCAAAACCCACAAAUUCUACUCCUCAAUUUCCCAAAUGGGUGAUGCCCGCCGACCCGCUUCGGUCCCAAUACCGGACAUCAACAAAUCUGACCGGUCCGAGCUGCUUCGAGCCCUCGAAACAUCGCUGGGUUCGUCGUUCAGCACGGUACCAUUGGCUCCCCAACCGAACCCCCUUAUCAUAGUCAUCAGCGGGCCGAGCGGCGUAGGUAAAGAUGCAGUGAUCAAGAGAUUGAGGGAAGUAAGAGAUAACAUACAUUUUGUUGUUACUGCCACUAGCAGACCAAUGAGGCCUGGGGAGGUUGAUGGGAAAGACUAUUACUUCGUUUCGAAAGACGAGUUUUUGUCAAUGGUGGAAAGGGAUGAAUUGUUAGAACAUGCUUUAGUGUAUGGGGAUUAUAAGGGUAUACCAAAACAGCAGAUUAGGGAGUUUAUGGGUAAAGGGUAUGACAUUGUGUUGAGGGUUGAUAUUCAAGGGGCAGCUACAUUGAGGAGGAUUCUUGGGGAUUCAGCUGUUUUUAUAUUUGUGGUGGCUGAGAGUGAGUAUGCAAUGGUGAAUAGGUUGAUUGGGAGGAAGACCGAGACGAGGGAGAUGUUGUUGGUGAGGAUUGCUACUGCUCGGGAGGAGGUUAAGCAUGCCGGUAAUUUCGAUUAUGUGGUUGUUAAUGCGGAUGGACAGCUUGAGAGCGCGGUGAAGUUGGUUGAGUCUGUGAUUGAUGCUGAGAAAGCUAGAGUUAGCCCAAGGAAUGUUAGUAUAUAGCCUAUGUUGAGCUAAUUUUUGUUCUUAUUGAUGAGGUGAGAAGGAACGUGUUUAUUGACUAGUGCUGACUCAAGUUUUGGUGAGAAGCAAGAGUUUAAAGACAGGAAUGCACUCUUUGCUUCAUCCUUCAAUUUUUUUUGUUGGCAUACAAUGAUGUUCAAGUGAUACACAUCUUUUUGGCUUCCACUUCUAUUGCUCCCUCUAACCUUGUAAGAUUUCUAAAGUGAUCCUUGAAAAAUCUUCAUUUAAAAUUUUGUCUUGUAUUCAUGUAUGAUGUAUGUAUCCUUUUGCGUUGGCAUAGAGUAAUACAAUAGUCUGUGUUUCAGAAUUUGGGGUUUAACUUCUACUCUUGGGGGUAUACCACAACUGUUCCUGCUAGAUAAUACAGGAUUCAACAAAGAAAUAUCGGAUGUAUCUUUUGGUUGUAAAAUGUCAAUACCUAUAUCAAAGAAAAGUAUAACGAGUUUGAUAUA